GAAAGCCCAGGCUGCGAGCGGGGAGACCGGAGAUCUAGCAGCAACUGGAGCAGCAUGGCCAAGCCUUGUGGGGUGCGCCUGAGCGGGGAAGCCCGCAAACAGGUGGAUGUCUUCAGGCAAAAUCUUUUCCAGGAGGCUGAGGAAUUCCUCUACAGAUUUUUGCCUCAGAAAAUCAUAUACCUGAGUCAGCUCUUGCAAGAGGACUCCCUCAACGUGACCGACCUCACUUCUCUCCGGGCCCCGCUGGACAUCCCCAUCCCAGACCCCCCACCCAAGGAUGAUGAGAUGGAAACAGAUAAGCAGGAGAAGAAAGAAGUCCCUAAGUGUGGCUUUCUCCCUGGGAACGAGAAGAUCCUGGCCUUGCUUGGCCUGGUUAAGCCAGAAGUCUGGACUCUCAAAGAAAAAUGCAUUCUGGUGAUCACAUGGAUCCAGCACCUGAUCCCCAAAAUUGAGGAUGGAAAUGACUUUGGGGUGGCAGUCCAGGAAAAGGUGCUGGAGAGGGUAAAUGCAGUCAAGACCAAAGUAGAAGCCUUCCAGACCACCAUUUCCAAGUACUUCUCAGAACGUGGGGAUGCUGUGGCCAAGGCCUCCAAGGAGACCCAUGUAAUGGAUUACCGGGCCCUGGUGCACGAACGAGAUGAGGCAGCCCAUGGGGAGCUCAGGGCCAUGGUGCUGGACCUGAGGGCCUUCUAUGCUGAGCUUUACCAUAUUAUCAGCAGCAACCUGGAGAAAAUUGUCAACCCAAAGGGUGAAGAAAAGCCAUCAAUGUACUGAGCCCAGGGUUGUAAGGGAAAUAAAUGACCUGUACUUUGUGUG